AUGGAGAUUGAAUCCACCACCGCUAGACGCAGGCUCGCCACCGUCGCCGCUCACUUUCCGGCAACCAGUAACGAUCCUGUCUCCACCGCAUCUCUCGCCCCCUUGAACUGCAGCAGCAGUUUGAAUUCUGCCAUCAGAAGAUGUGACAACAAACUCUCUUUUGCCCGGCAAGCAUCUUCUGAACAGGGCUUUUUUAUGAAGCAGGCUUCCACCGACGAGGUACCCCAAAUCCCAUUUUUCUUCACUGCUGUCUUCAUUCAUUACAUAUAUAUAUCUCCUUUGUCACUUGUGAAGCCUCAGAAUGGCGGCAUCAGUUUGAAGAACUCCGUCGUUAGAAGAGGUGACAACAGGAUGUAUUUUGCUCGGCAGGCAUCUUCUGCACAGGGUUUUUUUAUGAGGCAAGCUUCAACUGAUGAGAGGAGCAUACCACAGGACACCAAUUCCUCUGCUGCCAAAACGAAUGGCUUCCUUUCUUCUUCACAACAACCGUUACUUUCCAAACCUGAGUACGCCCCACCACAGUUUUCCAAAGCCGCCGCAAAACAAGAGUUCGUCUUUUCUUCUGAUUCUUCACUAACUCAGCAAAAGGAAAACUGGGAAAAGCCAUACAAGCCUGACCUUCCUAAGUUAGCCAAUCUAGGGACUGUUUGGUCUCCGAGAUCGAAUGUUGCAGAAUUCGAACACAACUAUGUUGUGGCAGUAGAGCUACCAGGUGCCAGUAUCAAUGAUAUAAGAGUGGAGGUUGACAACAAAAACUUGACUGUGACAGGGCGGCGCACAUCUAUCUGUCAAAAAGUUAAUGCAUGCACCAAAGAUUCAAUCUUUGGAUACCACAAACAAGAAAUACUACAAGGACCAUUCAAAGUUUCUUGGCCACUCCCCAGCAACGUGAACAAGGAUAAUGUUUCCGCUGAAUUUAUGGAUGGGAUUCUGAGAGUAGUGAUUCCAAAGCUUUGA